AAACCUUUCCCGUCGCUCUUUCUUCUUCGUCGUCGUCGACACAGAGCCUUUAAGCAAAUCCAGAAGAAAAGAAAAAUGCAAACCCUAACCCUAAACCCAACCCGCCAAAAGGGAUGCGUGUUGUUCCUUCUCAGGAAUCUCGUUCAGACCCUGUAAAUGUCUCUGAGAAACCGCGGGAAAACCUUUCAUAAAAUACAGAGUUAAGAAGAGAAAUCUCGGAGGUCUGAGUUGUCGGCGUUUGAUUGAGGGGGAAAAGGAGGGAUUGACGGGUUCCGUGAAUAUGAUGUUAAAAAUUGCAUGGGACGAAAGCCCUAGGCUUUCGGUUGAUAGGCCUGAAUGUGGUACGCGGUCGUUCUCGCGGCUCCACAGUGAUGACCUCCCUCUCCGGAGCUUUAAGUAUUACAAGCUCCCACAACAGACCCUUAGGCUCACCAUUCUCAAAUUGGAUGGUUCAUGCUUCGAUGUUCAAGUUGCUAAAAUGGGUUCCGUGGCGGAACUUAAGCAGGCAGUGGAGGAUGUCUUCAGUACGUCGAUCAAGGAGGGAGAAGACAACAUAUCUUGGUCACAUGUCUGGAGCCAUUUCUGCCUGUGCUUUAAAGAUCAGAAGCUAAUUAAUGACAAAGCACGUCUCCGAAAUUUUGGGAUCAAGGAUGGGGAUCAGCUUUGUUUUUUUAGGCAACUUUCUUUUAGCUUUGAGUCAGAGAAGAGACGAUCUAAACAUCGUAAAGGGAACCGAAUGUUGUCAUCAGGGUCGGAUACUGUUGAGGAUACUGUACAGCUUGCUGAAGAUGAUGAUAGUCAUGAUAAUAACAGUUGUGGCGAUAAAGAUGACAAAGAUAAAGAUAAAGAUAAGAAUGAAAAUUACCAUCAACCUGAAGAUGAUGAGAGAGAACUCAUCAAACAUUCAGAAUUCAAUUUAUCUCAGUUUUUGAGAGGAUGUAUUCCAUAUUCAAGAAUGUGGCUUCAGAUGAGAACACGGAUACAAGGGAAAACUCGCCCUUCACGGUUUGCAUUGGAUGUGUAAGUUUUUCUAUGAAAGGCAACAUAGCCUUGAAGGUACCCCAUCACUGGAGGAAGACAAUGGAAAGGGAAUGGUUUUCGGCACCUAACAUGCAUGUAGGUAAUCCAUAGAACAUAAAUAACAAAGACUUCCAAAGCCAGCUCUAUGGUCUAAAUUGAGAUGUUCUUGGGUUGACUCCCAUGUUUUCAACUACAAAGGUUCUGAUGCGCAAAUGAUCUGGAAAUGCAUCAAGCUUAAUUGAUUGUAAACGAGUUUUGCUAUGUCCAUUUUAUUGAAGAUCUACUUUUUUGCUGAACCUUAUCUUUUACAGUUUUGCUGCAAUUGAAAGAGAGAACAGAAGAAACUUG